AUGGCAACCUUGGCGAGAUAUCUCGGGUUUCGCAGGAAUAAAAGCCAAUGGGAGAAUCCAAGGAGUUCAAUCGGGGAGCUGAGGGGAGUAGUGCGGAAUGGAAGAUACUCCUGCUGGGAAGCUGUGGGACCAGUGCGUGAGGCCUGGAGCAGACUCGGUCCAGAGAUCAAAGACUACGUUGAAAACUUUUGCAAGUAUGGACCGGCUCUCAGCCUGGAGAUCUAUAUGAUCGGCCGGACUGAAGAUACAGCUGCGCCUAAGGUCCUGAUAUGUUCCGCAGAUUUAAUCGCCCGAAAAUCGGUUAGGAAAGAAAUCAUGGGGAGUGGAAUUAUGGACAAAUAUCCGGCCAUAGGAUUGGGCGACACAGCUAGACUUCCUGAUCUCCUAGCUCAAGAAGACGUUGAAUCGACUUUGGUGCUAAAUUCUACCAAUGGCGAGGAGAUCGAUGUGCUCUCCACUCCAUCCGACAGCGCGUUUGGCAGGCGUCUGUUCAUCCCGAGGCGAUACGGUGGUCCGCUACGGCCCGCGACUGCUGGGCCAAUUCUGCAUAUCAACAGCAAGGUGUAUCAGUUAACGGUCGGCCAUGCAUUCUUGGAACUUGAUGAUGUUGCCCCGCCCGAAGUACAAUCUUCAACUUUAGACGAUUGUGACUUUGAUGGCCAGAGCGACUCAGAGGAUGGCGAUUCUUGUGUCGACCUUCAUAUGGCAGGGAAAAGAAACCCCACGAGCAGCAAUAUCCUCUCGCAGAAUAGCUGCGCGCCCGUAAAUAGUGGGCUAGGAUCCAAGCUAUCAGAUACCCCUCCCUCGGAAUCCCCGCUAUCCAGGGCGACUCAACCUUUGCCUUCUUCGGGAGCUAUUCUCCUAGCACCAAAAACGGAGGGUAUGGUACCUCAAAAGCUCGAUCGAAUUGGGAAGUUGGCAUUAGGAUCAGAGAUAGGCACCAACGGAUCGCUUGACUAUGCUCUCGUGGAGCUUGAAGGGCGAUAUCGCUUCGGUAGGAACGAAGUCGCCUGUGGUCUAAACAGCAGCCAGAGGUGGCUGAGGGUUACUCCGCCAUCAAAGAUUGGCCCAGGAAACGUCAACGUUAUCACAAUGACCGCUUCAUCAGGAUUCUUGUCUGGCACGAUGUGCGCUACGGCAUCGUAUAUGCGCUUGCCCAACCAACGCACUCUUCAAGAACUUUACUUGGUCCACUUGGAUGGCAAAUUAGCUAACGGAGAUUGUGGGUCGUGUGUUAUUGACCAGAACGCUGGCCAUUUGUACGGUCAUAUUGUUGCGGGAAAUAUGGGCACCGGGUUGGCGUAUAUUGUGCCCGCCAUGCAGGUUUUUAAGGAUAUUUCGGAUAGGUUGGGAGAUGUUGCAUUAGUGCCCGGCGUGAAACCAAAACGUACUGGUCUAGAUUCUUCAAGGGUUGUAGAACUCGGUUCAAAGCAAUACUUCUCUCAGCUUCAACAUACUACCAACCCCGGCGGAGAGAACAACAGCAGGGAACAGAUAGCUCAUGUCAUAUCAGUUCCGGCUGUGUCUUCCGAUUUGCCAAUUAGUCCUCAUUUGCCUCUCAACCAAUCUGAAAUCAACAGCGCCUGGAACCCAUCUCAACCAUGGACCAAUUCGCGAGGGCGAAGUUCUAGCAAUCCCAUUCAGAGGUUAAAAUCAAAACUGUCCGUUAUUAAACCAAUGAGGCCAUCAUUAAAAGUGGCGAUUAAACGGCAGGCCAAUGAGGAGGGCAAUUCACGGCACGUUAAACGUUCAACCUUCGAACAACACUUUUUUAAGCUCCCAGGCGAUAUCCAAGCGCAAAUUAUUGCCUCGCUCCGUAUCCCGGAUAUUCUGAACCUCCGCACGACUUCAAGGAACUGGCACUACCUAAUAUCGCUCAAUGAGGUUCCUAUUUCCAGGAUGUUCCUCGAGCUCAAUCCCGUUCCUCCAUUCGCAAUUUGCCUAUAUCCCCUCCCAGACGCACUAGAUAUAAAUCUACGGUAUAUUUGUGGACUAUGGCAUCGUCUUUUCGUGGCAUCGAAGCUGUCCACUAUGAUGACUGAAUGGAUUACGACAGAGAUCUUCCUCCGCAAAACAGAGAUAGAACGGGUCGAGUUUUUACCCCAGAAAGCUCGUAUGCGACGUCGACUUGUUCCUCUCCUCUUCACAAUAUUCCAUUUCUUUGAGACGUACCGUCAGCUAUAUCUGGAACACAUCCUUAAACACGGUCCUAGCCUGCUUCGAAUAACCGAUGCGACCAAUGCUGUUGAGCUUCAGAUCAUGAAAAUGUACGAUAGUGAGACCCUUCUCCAAGCACACCAAGCCUUCCCACUCCUUCUCUCGUUUCUCCAUCGACGGCUUAGACCUCCCUCAUACCUUGGCCGCGUUGAGAAAUCCAUCCGUGGUUAUCGUAAGGGUCCGCCUCCAGAGCAUGUGCAGGCAGCAAUUCUUUGCAUCGGAGGUUUAAAGCUGCUGGCAAGGCUCUCAGAUAUUAACCACUAUGACCUACGGAUGAUGGCAGUCGAUACCUGGUACGCUUUUAUCUCUCAAGAGGGAAUGCACCCUCGGGACCAAUCCUACGGAUUAACUUCAGUGAGAGGAAGACAUUCAAGGCUUGCCUCUUUUAACAAACCCGCGGCGACGGCUAAUAUUGUCUGCGCAACCUCAACAUCUACUAGAACCUCGGCUGAUCACUCUGAUGCUUCAACAAGCUCGAGCCAGGUUUUCGAAACGAGUAUGGCAGCAGGGCCACCGAUGGGCUCGCUCUCUGGAGAACACGUGCAUCUUUUGCUGCAAGGUUUACCUAGAUUGCAAAGUAUAUGGAUUCCAACAGCGGAAGCAUUGCUUUUUGCCAAGCAUGCCGUUGAGAGACGACAAGAUAUUAAGAGAAACGCACAGGUACACCAAGAGUUGGUAAAUCCAGAGAUCACCCAAGCGGACGAAUUAUUUUAUGGAAAAGCAGUAUACGAUAUUAUUCAGGAGGAUGGAACACUUUCUUGA